ACCCGCGCGCGCGCAACGCGUCACACGCGAACCGAGCGCAGAGUGCGCGGGCGACCGCGGCCCUCGCGGUUUGCGGCCGCCGCGAGCAUCUGUCUCCGCUGCGGGCGUAAAACGCGUCGUGAAAUUUGCUACUAAAUUUUGCAUACAUUUCUACGUUCUCCGGAGGCCGCGGCCCCGCAACCGCGGCGGGCGCGGGUGAAAACCGCUCCAUGAGUUCUUAGCCUAAACUAAUGGACAUAAUUAAACGUAUAUUAAUUUUCAUGUCUGUUUUCAGGUAUUACUGAUAUGCGGAGUACAAUUUUUAAGUUGGUUCUGGUAGCGUUGCACAAGAUUAUAUUUGGUCACCUAGUUAAUUUGGGUGAUACUAAAAGUGAAUCUAAUCAUCGUGACCGAGGCAAUCGCAUCACUAAGGGGGAAGAAGCAGUCCUUGAAGAGUUUCCCUUUCUUGUGCAGUUUCUGAACCACGGUGGUUUAUGUGCUGGCACGAUACUUACCACAAAAACCGUUAUGACGGCUGCGCACUGUUUAGAUGCUAACUCUAAUCUCAAUGAGAUGAUAGUGUUUUCACAGAGUCGAUACAUCUUUGACAACUCAGCAAUUUCUCACAAUAUUUUUGAUUUCAUCAAACACGAAAAUUAUAAUGAUGCAGGAUUUUCUAAUGACAUAGCAAUACUUAUGAUUCUCGAUACGUUUGAGUUCGGUAUAUAUGUUAAUAAAGGAACUCUAACUGAUUCUCUUGCUUGGAUGGACGAAAGUGUAAAGGUCAUUGCCGCUGGUUGGGGUGAAACAAAAUACGGGGGAAACAAUCCAGAUCCGAAUGGUUUGCUGAAGGCAACUACUCUCCACUAUGUGUCUCUGAGAAAAUGUGAGAACGCGCACAACAUAGCAUUGACACCCGACAUGUUAUGUUUAUACAGUGAAAAACAUCAGGACACGUGUCGAGGAGAUUCUGGUGGAGGAGUGGUGUGGAAUGGCACAGUAAUUGGGAUCGUCUCACACGGCAGUGGAUGCGGAACUUCUCCAGCAGUAUACAUGAACGUAUUCUACUUUAAGCCGUGGAUAUCUCGUACGGUUAAACGGCUAAACCAAAAGUUUUGUCACCACUUAGAAGAACUUAACUCUACAAUUAUACUUCUUUAAUAAGAAAUAACGAAGUACACAAACUAUAAACGCCGAUUUUUAUUAAAAUUCACAACCGUUGUAAUGAGUGUUACAUUCUAUUGUGCUGAAUGUGUCUACAAUUAAUUACGUAUUAACGAUAAAUAAAACUAAAUAAUAGAUUCCUUUCUGCAUCUUUUUGCGUUCCGUUACAGUCAGAAAAUCUGAAACCCUAUGCAAUCAAUACACUGUUGUUUUAGUUGCAAUAGCACAAAUUUUGAAUUUGGCAUCCCAUUUACAGUCGUGUAAUGUUAAUGUACUUAGCGUAUGUGCUACAAUGUGUACAUUGUACUUAAGCAAUUAUGAACAGAAGGACAUUCAUGUGGUUUUUAGAUAUAUUUGCGAUGAGGUUAAAAAAAGCAUCAUUCGUAUUUAUGGCUAAACAAACAUAUUUUUUUAAUUAUCUAUAGUUUCUAACUGGUAAAAUGUGUGAUCUCGAGUUGCACUUGGAAAAUAACGUGUGUGCAAUUGUCAUUGCGGGAUGUUAAAGUUUCUCUCCGUAAAAUUGUGUUUUACGUAAAGAUCAGCCCUAACUACA